GGAAAUCUGUCAAUGCAUUUUUUUUGUCUGCUGACGAACCAUUAGACCUUUCAAAAUUGCCUGCUUUUUUGGUUGAGGUUUUAGCAACUGUUUUACUUCUUUUGAUUAUUUUCCAUGAAAUAAUGGGUCGUGGAUAUAUAGUCCAAGAUGAUGUGGAGGGAUAUCUGUCGAAACUCUGUGAACAAAAGGCAGACCCAGUCACAGGACUGCUAAUUGGACAGAGCUCAACGCAAAGGGAUUAUGUUGUCAUGGCAAUUCGGACCCCCCAAAAGGAGGAGUCUGCUGCUGCAGCUAGAAACUCUGUGGACAAGGAGUGGGUCACCGAGCAUGCUCGACAGGUGUCCAGGAUGCUGCCCGGAGGCCUCUCUGUAGUGGGAGUCUUCAUCAUCACUGAUGCAGAUGCCAAGGACGCACUAACUACACUCCGACAGGUAAGAGUCAUGUUGACACUGUUUCCAGCAAAAUCAGAAGGACUGAAAGCGUGGGCACACCAGAUUGAGAGCGGACUGUGUCUGAUUGAUGGAAAAAGGCUACCCGAGGACUCGGAGCUCACAGUGGGACAGAGGAGGAAUGUGAGACAGACAUACACAGCUCAGCUGCUCAUCACAACGGAAAACAAGAGGUUAACAGAUGUGAUUCAGCAGUGUGGCGGCAGCGUGUCAGUAACAGGAGCAAUCCACAGCAGAGCUUAUCUACACAGCAACAAGCCAAAGGCCAGACUGGCAGAGAAGCUGCUGAAGAGGGAUGUGGUUUCUACGGUGGCCACGAGAGUUCAAAUGAUGCUGGAGGAGCUGCUGGCAUCAGACCAGGAGAGCAAGGGCAGCUGCAGAGACAAACAACAGAGAGAGCUGUUCUGCCUCCCCCAUCGUAUCUUUUGUCCACUGAAAGUGAGCGGGCCACUCUGUGUGUGUGACUACCAGUUCAGUGAUGAGGGUUUAUCUGAGGUGACUGAGCGGUUGAAGGAGAUGCUGGACAUUGAUGCAGCCGAGGAAGACUUGGAUACCAGACAGGAAACGACUUUUGAAAUCACAGGGUGUGAUAUUACACCAGAGCCCACUCAAGAAAAAGUCAAGGCGCCAGAGCACAAGAAAAACUACAUGGGUGUUGCCAUGGCUACAGCUGUUGCCUUACUUGCUACUGCCGCCUCGAUGCUGUAUCUCAAUGACAUUUGAGGAAAAUGAAAUAAAGAAAUAGUGUUUUGUUUUGAUCUUUUCUGCCAAGUGGAUCUUGGUUGACUCAGAAGAUAACAAAUAGGGCUGACUACAGUUAUUUAAAAAAUAAAAAAUCCCCAACUGAAAA